GCCAAACGCGUCGCGACCCGGCCGCUGCAGUGGCAGUCACACCCGCGCGAUCGUCGUCCCCUUCUCUCAUGACAGUGGCAGUGCCUCACUCUUGUGACGUAUGACACAGCUAGAGUUUGCCUAGAGCAAGUAUGGCGAGGAUGGUGGGGGUGUAUCUUGGUGUGUUAUUAGUGGCAUUGGCUGUAGCCAAGUCCAAUGGAUUCUCCGGAUUCAAUCGCUCGCCGCCUCCAGGAGGACCCAACGUGUGUGGAUCCCGCCACCGGACUUUCUGCUGCCCGGGAUGGUCUCAGAAGCCCGGCAACAACCUUUGUAUAAUACCCGUUUGCGUGAGAAAUUGCGGCAGAGGCGGAAGAUGCGUGAGGCCCAACUUGUGUAUGUGCAUCGGCGGUAACAUAUCGCCUGUCUGUGGUAUGAGAGGAAAUGGUUUCGGCGGUGGCGGUGUUAUUGGCGGAGGAGGCGCUGCGGGUGGUAAUGGUAUCACAGGCGGAGGAGGCACCGGAGGUGGUGGUAGCAUCAUUGGUGGAGGAGGCACCACAGGAGGAGGUGGCAUUAUUGGCGGAGGAGGCACUACAGGAGGUGGUAUUAUUGGCGGAGGAGGCACCACAGGAGGAGGUGGUAUUAUUGGUGGAGGAGGCACCAUAAGCGGAGGUAGUAUUAUUGGCGGAGGAGGCACCACAGGAGGUGGUAUUAAUGGCGGAGGAGGCACCACAGGAGGUGGUGGUAUCACAGGAAGUGGUGGUAUCACAGGAGGAGGCGGCAUCAAUGGUGGAAUCAUCAGUGGAGGAGGCAUCACCGGCGGUGGAGGAAGAGGUAAGAUUCAUCCUCAUAAUUACAGUUACUCUUACAGUUCAGUUGAUAGUGUAACAUUGCGAAGGAUGUCUGAAGAGUUCAUUGUGAUAUGUAGAAAAAAGGUAUGGGUCAUGAGGGACUUCGGCCAGACACACACUGAUGCUGAUGACUGUGUCAACUCCGGUGCUAAAAACGUCGUCAGGAGAGGCAAGGGAAACUGA